UACCGGCAAGGGUGGGGGCCAGCAGGACGUGCGGGCCUGGCCAGAUUGUGACGUCAACAUUGAUACAAUGUUGAGGAGAAGUGAGAGAAGAGAGGGGGGCUAACUUGUAAAUAGUGAUGAGAUAAUUGCUCAAUUGAUGGGGGUUAAUAAUUAUCCAAAUUUUAGUCACAUGUUUUGAGGGACCACAGCAACAACAUUGUAUUUGCAGGCCAUUAAUUUAGUUGGUGAUGACAGUGUUUAGAUAAGUAGAUUGUUUUAUCAAAAAAUGUGAGAGUGAAGGAGGAGGUUUGAUUUGUAAUCUGGCAUUUGGGUGCCACUUUUAAGAGUCUGUGCAGGAGCAUAGAUUGUUUUGGUUGUUUUUAAAGAUAUAUUUAACAGUUUAUUUCGGUGCAGUAAGGAUAUAGCAGUUUUGAGAGACUUAAAAUCGAAAGCAAAAUUACAUUUUAAUUUUGACAUAUGGCAGCUAACAUGAGGAUGGCAAAUAAAUAAAUGAAUAAAUACUAGCUCAAAUGUGGCAUGUGUUUUAAAUUGGGCGAUAAGGCAUUCACUUUCGAGCACUAUCAUUUAGCGCUGCUGACAACAAUAACUUAUGAGAUGGUAAAUCAAGGAGGAAUGUCAUAGUUGGAACACAGGCGCUGUAUGACCUAUAGAUUGAACAAUAACAUUCACCGCAUAUGUUGUGAAUUGUUAAAUUAUAUUACAGUUUAUUACAAAAGAUUUCGGAACUUUAUUUGAUGAUAAACACUGGAACGAGGAUUUUAGCCGUGUUAAUGGGUAGGGUGGAUGGAUUGCUCAGAAGAAAAAAGCAUUUGAUAAGGGCGGCUUGAUAGUAAGAUGAUGAGUGUGCGCAACUGAUAGGAUACAAAAUGUUAAUAGGAAGAUUUGGGGUGUAAGGAACAAAUACUACACAGGAAGACUGAUAACACAAAGAUAGUUUUGUUAAAUUUGUGUCCCAGUGUGUUCUUCCCUAGCGCGUGGCACGAUUCCUGAACUGAGUCCUCUUACUCCACUGGCUGUCUCAAAAUCAACAGAGGACUGUCCCUGGUCAUGAGACACCUUUGACCUUUGGGAGAACAACAGAAACUGCUAUCAUGCUUGAAGGGGGCAAGCACAGCUUUUCACAGGACAAGAACCAUACAGUUGGUGGAAUACACACAGUUGCAGAUCAGAAAAGAAAAUGGACUGAAAGAACAAAGACAAGAUGGACGCAUUUGAGAGUGGCGGACGAUCCAGCCCUGAAUCAUCAUCAUGAGAAUCUAAGAGGAGAGGCUGCUAAAGACUUGCAUGAGUCACAUGAAGUCAAACUGGACACAUUGCUAAAGACUGCUGAAGCAUUACAAAGUUGGUGGAGUGUGGGACAAAAGGGAUGGAAGUGUGUUUGGGUGCUGGGGCGGACAUAUCUGAGGAGUUUUGAUAAAAGAGGGAAUAAUAAGGCUGCUUAUUGACACUGAAACGGGGAUAACAACAAAAUACAUAGAUAUGGACAGCGAAGAUGCACUAAUAAUAACAAAUCAUACGACAGCGUGAUCAGAAACUUUGCAAAGUGGAUAUUGAUCGAUAGAAAUUAAAUUUAUCAAAACGACAGAAUUUAAUUAUACAUCAAUUGCGACUGAUUUAUAGGAUGCAUAUUUUUGCUUGAAGGGGUGAGGGGCCAUAAGAAAGUUGGAAUUUUGGAUAGUCAGCAAAAUAGUAAUACAGGGCACUGCUUAACUAAAAAGGAUACAGUUGGGUUUUAAAUAAAUACAGUAACAUGACCCUUGCGACAAUUGAUUUAAAUGACACUUUAUGAUAGGCAUUUAUGGUUAGGGUUAACAAUCCAUCCAUCCAUCCAUCCAUUACUGGUGCGGCUUGUCCUUACGAGGGUCACGGAGGAUUCACAAUAAUAAUUAGCAUUUGUAAUUUCUCGAGAAAUUGUGUGUGAAGGCGAAGAGGCUGAAUACAAAUUCGGGGAAUGCUACAAGAUUAUGUUUAAAUUUAGAACGUGUUGAAUUGGUCAGAAAAUCGAUGAAAAUACCGAAAGAAUUUUGUAAAAUUGGGCGUGAAUUUUAAAGUUGAAAAUUUGAAAUUUUUCACAAGUGGGAAGUUUUGGAAUAGGUAGGCAUAAGAUGAAUAGUUAAAAGAAAUUGAAAAGGGUUGAGUCAGUGAAAAAAUAAUUAGAAAUUAGAAGGGAAAAAGGAAAUUUUGCAAAAUGUUGCCGCAAUGUUGAAAGUGGAAAUGGGAAAUUUUAAGCUAGAAAGUGAGAGAAGGUGAAUUGGAAAGUGAAAGAAGGUUAAUUGGAGGAAUUAUGUGGAAGAAAAUGAGAAAUAUUGAAUGUGCCAUGAAGAAUGAAUGGUGAAAUAUUGGCUUAAAAUUUAUAAAUUUCUCGAAAAUCGUAAAUAUUUAGAAUAUUUGGCAUGAAUAUUUGGAAUGUGUUAAAAGUGGAAUGAAGUGAAUAAGACAAUUUAAAGUGCAGGAACAAUAAGUGUGAGGUGCACAAUGAUGAUCAUGACAGCAAAAAUAUUCCUAAUUGGUUUUGAUAGGUAGAAAGGGGGAGCGUGGAAGGUUUUCACACUUUGUGAUAUAGCGUGACUCCAUUAUCAAAAGUAAGCAUUUAAUUUUAAGAAUUAGCAUCAACAAAAAUGAGAACGAUAAUCUUCAAAGUGAUAGCGUAAGUGGCAGGAGGAAGCUGUGUAUAUUGUUUUUAAACAUUAUUUUUGGUAUCAUUAUUUUUUAGGAGGGUCAGUUAUGCUUGUGAGAAGAUGACUGAGGGAACAAGGUAACAGUAAAAGGGAGUGCUCUAUAAAUUGUUGGUUCUUUGCCAGAGGUAGUUAUUUGGAGGGAUGAAUUAAAACGGAUAGCCAAAUGGAACUGUUUAGUGGAAGAAAUAUGGGAGUGUGGAAAUAUUGAAGUUACAGCUCAACACAAAGUGUCAAAUAGUCUAAGUGAGAGAUGUGAGCAAACUAAAUGGGGAGUUAAAUCAUGUUCCAGCAUUAUGCAUAUUGGCAAACGAUGAGAGGACAGGAAACCAGACAAUUAGAUAUUAACUUUGGAUUUAAAAUAAAAAAGGGAAAUUUUAAUUGAGGAGAAAAUUUUGCGUAGGGACGGUUGUUUUUUAUAAUUUAAUAUUGUAUGUUUUUGUGUGUGUUGUGGAAUGACAGUUUGUUUGUAAUGGUGUAUGAAUGUCAAGUCUGUGCUUGUGGUGUGGUGUUUGUGUAUUGUGAAUGGUUGACAUGAUUCAAAGUUGGGGUGAUGUGAUCACAGCAGAGGAUAACACUCCUCUCACCUGAAAAAUAUAAAGAUACUACAGAUUUGAAAAAGCACGAUUGAUCAGGACUAAUUUUGGACUAAAUAUGGGUUUAGGAUUACUCAGGGGCACCAUCGACAACAAAACAGUGUGAUGGAGAAGGCCCAUUUCAGUAAUAUGGUUAGACAAGACAGAAUUAGUAUCGAACAUUAAGACUUUGGACGAUUUGACGUGUGACGACUUUGAGCUCACCCGACGGGGUGACGGACUAGGUGGACAGUGACCAAAUGUUUGACGCUUGAGCUUGCUUGCGAAAAGUGCACGCUCUGCUUUGUUAUUCUGUGUGACUUAAUUUUUUGCAGCAGCAGCAGCAACAGCCACCAGCCAAGGAGCGGAUUGCGCGCUGCUUGCGUAACUUGUUUUCGUUCUUGCAGGUUGUCGAUUGCGUUCGGGGAAAGUUUGUAUUGAAUUUACAAGAAUAUGUUAACCCUUGCCCUUUUGGUUUUUAUGAUGAACUUGUUGAUGACAUGGUUUUCAGGACAUGAUCCGCGGGCGCCAGGAUUCAUUUUAUGACUGUUUUUAUUCUGAUACUUGAUGUCUGUUUUUGUACAAAUGUCCGCUGUCAGCAGGGCUAUAAGCUCACUGACAGGAGUGCGAUGAUUUUUGUUUGUGUUGCCGAGCGUGUGGUGGACGAGCUAGAGGUUCCGCAGGCCUGGCUACAAUGAGUGUGGUGAUGAGAGGGGAUGCUUAGCAGGUUCCUUUUGAUACAUAAUGACACAUUGGGUGAAUGUGUCAAAAGGGGGAGUGGUAAAAUAGAAAUGGGUGAGUAUGUGGUAAGAUAGAAUUGGGUGAGUAGGUUGUAAAAUACAAAUGGGUGAGUAGGUUUCAAUUUGUAAUUUUGAUAUCCAAAGUGUUUUUUCCAAAUCCACUUGUUUUUAAGCUUUAACAGGACAUGCCAGAAUUCAACUAGCAGUGAUGGAAGGAGCAGAGGAAGACCAGUGACAACUGGUUGUGGUGUGGUGACAACAAAUUAUAGCAUCACUUGCCAAAGGAUGCAUAGGGUAUCUGUGCCCUCGUGUCUUUGAUAAUGCCUGUAGUGGUUGUCCCCAUUGAAACACAGAAUCUCAAUUGGAACAUGGAGUCCCCACUGGCGGGGCUCCUGAAGUGAGCCAAAAGAGACGUUCUGCCCCCAUGGUUGAGCGACAACGAUCCAACAUAUAUUGACGCCAUAGGUGUGCCAGAUAAGUAUGAACUCGUUAAUCAAGUGUCCUCGGGAUUCAAAAGCAUUUUCCUAUGGAUCACCCCCAAUAAAAAUGUAUCAUUUACAGCGGUCCAUGAACAAUUGGCAUUGAUGUCGUUCCAAAAUAGAAUUGCGUUGGACAUGCUAUUGGCUAAGGAACAUGGUGUGUGCGGAAUGUUUGGUGAUGCAUGUUGUACUUUCAUCCCCAACAACACAGCGCCAGGGGGCCGACUGACCCAGGCGGGAAGAAAGGACCGACAGCAUGCUGGUCGCUGCUUGCUAGAGUAACGGGUGAUGACCUCAUAAAUGAGGUCAUGAGAGGGAAUAAAGGGAAAUGUACUUUCGGCAGUUUGCAAACACAUUUGAUUAAGGCUCCGUUAGACACAUAUAACCAUAUCAAUAUAAUUUCUAGUAGUAGUGUGGUUGCUUAAUAAGUGGAAAGGAAUGUGCAGGCUACAUGAAUUUGUUUUCUUCAAAGUAUUGUGGAACAGGAGGUCCAGAAAGGGAGCAUAUCUCAAGGCCGAUGGGAACGCGAAAAACAACUCGUCUUUGUGGUCCAGACACCUGUGCUGAGCAGGGGAAAACCCAAACGAGGAGGAGAUGACCACAGACCAUCGACCAAUCACCACACAAUCUUUUGCAUGUUUGAAUAUUCAUAUUGUGUUUCUUUAAAACUGGGCAACCCGGAAGAAUGUGUCGUCUUUCUGGUCACGAAGGCACACGAGUUUUUGUGUUAAGGACCCAAGACCCAGGCGCCUGUAUUAGCUUGCUUUGUCAAGAUUAAACAAUUGGUAAAUUCGGUCUGAUUGAUCUACUGGUCUUCUCUUUGACAGAACGAACUCGCAAAAUUGUUAGGUGCGCCAGUGUGUGGAUUAGAACAUAGCAAUUCUUGUGUUAAGUGUUGAUCACAAUUUGGAGUCAGAUCAAUAGCUAAAAUCCGUAUCCUAACAGUAUUCAUAUCCACGUAAUUUGUUCGUGUUCUGUAAGGAGAGUGUAAAACAUCAACUUCCUUCAGAAAUUUUACUUUGCAAGUGAAAACCGGAAACACUUGUGCUUGCACUUGACGUGGCGCUGCGUCAGCUUUCGAGUCACCGCGGGACCCUUCUCUUCUUCUCUGCGAUGCAGAACCUCAGCCGGCGACCCGCACCGGUCCAGACUCACGAAGAAACCUGGGGGGUGGCUUCGGUUCUGCUCUGUUGACCAAGGUCGGGGUCGCAGCCGCCAUGCCGCGUGGAGCUAGCCGCUAGCAGCGAAGCUAUGAGUGGCGACGGCGGAGGCGCCAUCAGCCGCCGGAUCAAAAAUCUACUCAGAUCUCCGUCAAUCAAACUUCGGGGGCGGGGACGAGUCUCACGUCAUCAGUUGGGCGACAAGGUGACCUUGGAAAAGGUCCUGGGCAUCACGGCGCCCGGGAACCGAGCACUGUCAUGUGACCCGAAAAGUGGACUCUUGGCGUAUCCCGCCGGGUGCGUUGUGGUCCUGCUCCAUCCUCGCAAGAACAAACAACGGCACAUCUUCAACGUAUCGAGGAAGACCAUCACCACGUUGGCCUUCUCACCUGACGGCAAGCAUGUGGUCACCGGCGAGAGCGGCCACAUGCCGGCGGUGCGCGUAUGGGAGGUGUCGAACGGCGUGCAGGUGGCAUCCCUCCAGGAACACAAGUACGGUGUAGCCUGCGUGGCCUUCUCGCCCAACAUGAAGUACAUCGUCAGUGUGGGCUACCAACACGACAUGAUGGUGCACGUGUGGAACUGGAAAAAAGGCGUGGUGGUGGCAGCCAACAAGGUGUCGAGCAAGGUGGCGGCCGUGUCCUUCUCGCACAGCUCAUCCUACUUUGUGACGGCGGGCAAUCGACACGUCAAGUUCUGGUACCUGGACCACGGCAGGACCUCUAAGGUGAGCGCCGCCGUGCCGCUGCUGGGCCGUUCGGCACUGCUGGGAGACCUAAAGAACAACUUCUUCUGCGACGUGGCAUGCGGCCAAGGCCAGCGGGCGUCCUCCACAUUCUGCAUCAGCACCUCGGGCCUCCUGGUGCAGCUGGACCAGCGCCGCAUGCUCCACAAGUGGGUGGAGCUACGCGCAUCUCAAGCCACGUGUUUGUGCGUGACGGACGAGCUGAUCUUUUGCGGCUGCUCGGACGGUGCAGUCCGCGCUUUCAGCCCUCACACAUUGCACUUUCUCUGCACGCUGCCACGCCCGCACUUCCUGGGCGCCGACAUCGCCACCAUGACUGAUGCCAGUUCUCUGUUCUGCCUUCGUCCCGAUGCCCAAUACCCGGACACGGUAGCCCUGACCUACGACUCAAGCAGCGGUUGGCUGUCCUGCGUGUACAGUGAUCACAGCGUGUACGUGUGGGACGUGGGCGACCUCCGAGACCCGCGCCGGGUGGGCAAGCUCUACUCGGCACUCUACCACGCCUCCUGCGUGUGGAGCCUCGAGGUGUUUCCCGAAGAUGGUGGUGAUAUGGAAAACAUGGCGCUCCCACCAGGAUGCUUCCUGUCGUGCUCGUCGGAUAACACCAUACGUGUGUGGAACUUAGACACUCGCCGCUUCCCCAACAACAUCCUCAGCCGUGAUCUUCACAAGGUCCUUUACUUGGAGGACAACCCGUCCAGCCUCCUGGACCCAGACAGCGUCUCGCUCGCCACCAUCAGCGAGAAGGGGCAAAGCAUUUCCGAUGUGCCGCCCGGCGACCAGAGCCGUGCGGGCAUUCGGUCGCUGAGGGUCAGCCCCGACGGGCGGCACCUGGCUUCGGGGGACCGCGUGGGUGUCCUCAGGGUGCAUGAUGUGCGCACCAUGGAGGAGAUCGUCAAUGUUCAAGCUCAUGACGGCGAAAUCCUGUCCCUCGACUUCUCCCAACGCGACACGGGUGUCCAGUUUCUGGCCACGGCCAGUCGGGAUCGCCUGAUUCAUGUGUUGGACGCGGCAUCCGACUACCGUCUGGUCCAGACUCUGGAUGAGCACUCGUCGUCCAUCACCGCCGUCCGCUUUGCAGCUAAUGAGGGCAAAGUGCGGCUGAUCAGCUGUGGCGCCGACAAGAGUGUCUACUUCCGCACAGGCCAGCAGACGGACGGUGACGUGGAGUUCACGCGAACCCAUCACGUGGUAAGAAAGAGCACACUGUACGACAUGGACGUGGAGCCCACCAGAAAAUAUGCCGCUAUUGGCUGCCAGGAUCGCAGCAUCAGGAUCUUCAACAUCAGCAACAGCAAGCAGAAGAAAAUCUACAAAGGAUCUCGGGGAGAAGAUGGAACGCUCAUCAAGGUGCAGAUUGACCCGUCAGGGCUCUACAUCGCCGCUUCCUGUUCGGACAAGAGCAUCAACAUUUUUGACUUCUACUCUGGCGAAUGCGUGGCCACUAUGUUUGGACACUCGGAGGUUGUCACUGGCCUGAAGUUCAGCAGCGACUGCACACGCCUGAUCAGCGUAUCGGGUGACAGCUGUAUCUUUGUGUGGCGUCUCAGUCUCGGGAUGACCCUUCGCAUGCGUCAGCGUCUGGAUGACCUGAGGCUUCCCGGCCAGGGCCCCCCCUCCUCCCACCAGGCACCUCAGCAGCGGCCGGGGAAGGCCGGGGAGGCGAGGCCUCCUGGCGUGGUCGCCAUGUCAUCGGACAGUGACAAGGAAGAGGAGGAGGAGGAACCGACUGAGGUGACACGUGACAACGGCAAGACGGUUUUUCAGGCUCCGCCGGACGGCCGACUGCCUCGCCGCCGCUGGGCAAGGAAUUUGUGCCAUGCUAAUGCUAGUCGUGUUGCCAUGGUGACAUCCAUGUUGGACCUGAGACAGCUGGACUUGUACUGUUCCAACGGCGGCUUGGCGGCACGCCCACUUGACGACAUCCCCUCGGAGGCGGGGCUUCACAGAGACAGUCAACAGCUGAGAAGUCGGCUGAGUCUCCAGGUGGAGCACACAGAGGCGUUGGCCAAUCCAAAGGCAGACUUCACCUUGGUGUCCGAUUCGAAUGUAGAGAGGGAGCAGCCGGUGCUCUUUCCUGACCAAUGGGAGGAUAGAGUGAGCCUGAGCGGCGACUUUGAGGUGAAGGGCGCCAAUCCGGCAAGCGCACAAGAGGAGAAACCCAGUCCGGACAGCGGUUGCUCGCUCAGAUUCUCUAGAACCUCCAGUCCUGUCGCGGCAGUGGCCAAAAACAGUGAGCCUUCGGAGCAGACAGAUCGUCUUAGCGACGACGCCGACUCACUGGACGAGGAUGACGACGCCGGUUCGGUCCCGCAGACUCCGGACCAGGAGACCUUCCUCAAGAAACACUUUACCACGCUGGUCGACAUCGCAGAGGGACCCAGCAGUACCGCGCACAGCUCCAAUGAGAGUCUCAGCAUGUCAUUCAGGUUGCUCAACCAGAACUUUCCUGCCAGCCGAACCAUCCCGAAGUCAGACGAUAUGGAGACCAAGUCCUACCCGGCGGCGCCUGAGGUUGGGACCCAGGACCUGAGCGUGACAUGGACUCCCAACCAACCGGGAGAUCGUCACCCACAAGAAGUGAAGCGGAACCUCGAGGCCACCACAGGGAGCAAGGAGUUGGACCUUGAGAAGACAGCGAGUCCUCCAGAUGGCAUGACCCUUCAACGUCCCACCUCUCUCCCCUCAGCCCCCCGGCGCACUUCGGCUGCGGUUCAUCCUCCUCAGAACCUCGCUUCCACCAGCCCCAGGUCGUCUCCUCAGCAGGCGACGGGUGCCAUGACGCUUCCGAGAAAGUGCCCCGCUCCGUCAGUGUGCGCGCCGCGCUCUUACAUGAACCCCACCGCCAGCUCCACCGCCAAAAUGUCCCGCUCGGCCUCGCUGGGUGACGCCCUCAACCAAGUGGGGCUGAUGGCGGGGGCGGCGUCCGAGGCUUGCCAAACACCCGCCAUGGCCGUUCCUUCCCUUUCUUCUUUACCAAGUUGCCAAGGUAACCAGGCUGUCCCGCUCCCCCGGCUCCUGCUGCCUGACAAACCUUCCAUCACAAGCAUCAGGACCACCCCCCCACCUGGGCCCCCAACCGGACCCCCAACUAUGCCUGGGGACGACGCAGACUUGCCUGCCAGCGUUGAGUCCUGCCAAGCGUUGACCGAUCAGAUGCUUAGCUACUUCAAGCGAGCCACCCACCUCUACAGGAAGGUGAGCGGCACUUGUGCGGAAGACGAAGACCCUGAGCACAUUCAAAUGGCCAGUGUCCUGUCUGAAGCCCUCUGGUCCAUGAGGGUGGAGCUUCAGUCCCUGCUGUUGGCACCGGGCAGGAGCGCCCUCGCGGGGACGGCAGACCAGGAAAGGACAGUGGCUCUCCUGGAGGAGUACUCCAUGCUGCUUCUGCAAGCCGUUCACAGGAAGCUUGGACCCCUCACACCCCCCUAACCUCCCCCCCAGGUCCCUACUCCAUCACCCCCACCCCCUCCUUUCUCAUUGUUUUAAACGUUACUUCUUUUUUACGGGUGAGACUUCUUGUUGAUUGUUUAGAGACGACUGCACUUUGAACAAAACUGUUAACAAUCACUCUCUGUUCUCUGUAACGGUUGAAACAAAAUGGAUGAUUGACAGCUGAUCUCAGAACACGGUACACAGGUCACAUGACUUAUUCAGAUAUUUAAAAUGUUCUUAAAUAAAUGUUUGCAACAAA